UGAGAGCAGGGUUACCGCGCCCAUCUGUGCUCUCUGAUGGCCGGAGGAAGCGACUGACAGAGCUGAGAGAAAGAAAGCCUAGGAGAACGACAGAGUGGGAAAGAUAAGAAGGCAAAUCACUUUGAAAGGGGCUGGAUAAGACUGCUCGUCGGAGAUACAAUCCCGGAGGACUCUGUUGUCUUCCUAUUUUCGCAAAUUUGUGUUUUGCUGCGGUGAACCCUGCCCUAUUCCUACGCCUGCCGGUGCGUUCCCAUUUGGCGUAUCGAAAGCAGGGUUCGGGGAGUGCCGCUCCUCGAUAGCUUGUUGGCUAAAUCUCUGAGCUGGUUGGAGAGAAGGAGAUUCGAGCUUCGCUGUUUCCAGUCAAUGCGAUAUAAACAACGGAUACCCACGACUGAGAACGGAUCAGUGCGUUUCCCAGAGCGAGGUCGGAGAGAAGCACACACACUAGCAGGGGAAAAUGAGCGAACUGGACCAGCUACGCCAGGAGGCUGAGCAGCUCAAGAACCAGAUCCGGGAUGCCAGAAAAGCUUGCGCCGAUGCCACCCUGUCCCAGAUCACAGCCAACAUCGACCCAGUGGGGCGGAUUCAGAUGCGCACCAGGAGGACACUGAGGGGUCACCUGGCCAAGAUCUACGCCAUGCACUGGGGAACCGACUCCAGGCUUCUAGUCAGUGCAUCCCAGGAUGGCAAGCUCAUUAUUUGGGACAGCUACACCACAAACAAGGUCCAUGCCAUCCCCCUGCGCUCCUCGUGGGUCAUGACGUGCGCGUACGCCCCCUCUGGUAACUACGUGGCCUGUGGAGGUCUGGACAACAUCUGCUCCAUCUACAACCUCAAGACCCGUGAAGGCAACGUCCGCGUCAGCCGUGAGCUGGCAGGGCACACAGGGUACCUCUCCUGCUGUCGUUUCCUGGAUGACAAUCAGAUUGUCACCAGCUCUGGAGACACCAGCUGUGCUCUGUGGGACAUUGAGACUGGGCAGCAGACGACCACCUUUGCGGGCCACAGCGGAGACGUGAUGAGCCUCUCCCUGGCCCCGGACACACGCUCCUUUGUGUCGGGGGCCUGCGACGCCUCAGCCAAGCUGUGGGACGUCAGAGAAGGCAUGUGCCGGCAGACCUUCACUGGACACGAGUCCGACAUCAACGCCAUCUGUUUCUUCCCCAAUGGGAACGCGUUUGCAACGGGCUCGGACGACGCCACCUGCAGGCUGUUUGACCUGCGCGCUGACCAGGAGCUGAUGGUCUACUCCCAUGACAACAUCAUCUGCGGCAUCACCUCCGUGGCCUUCUCCAAGAGCGGCCGCCUGCUGCUGGCCGGAUACGACGACUUCAACUGCAACGUGUGGGACUCCCUCAAAGCCGACCGCGCCGGAGUGCUGGCGGGGCACGAUAACCGCGUUAGCUGCUUGGGCGUAACUGACGACGGCAUGGCAGUGGCCACAGGCUCCUGGGACAGUUUCCUCAAGAUCUGGAAUUAAAGCCAGCAGGUGGCAUCCGGACUCCAAAGUUGACUGGAAGACCAUUCUAACAUCAAACAAAUCGUUCAAUUUUAUUGCAUAUCCAAUUUUCUCAAACACAGCGGAAGAAAA